AGUAGCGGGGUCAGGAGGAACGGAUUUGGCGUCGUCCGCUGCUGCCGUGCUUGGCUCUGCGCGGGGGCCUGGGCGGGGGGAAGUGGAAUGAGCCUUCACCUGGCGCGGCCUCGCGCACGCCGGGGAACCGCCGCCGCCCGCCGGCGACUUUCCUGCCGCUGCGGGGCUCCCGGCGCCCAGUAGUUGCCGCCGCGGAGCGGCCCGAGAGCAGCCCCCGGAAUCCGCCUGUCCGCGGCCCCGCGAGCCCGGCAUGUGGCCCCGCGGGUGCGGGGGGCGCCGGCGCAGCCCGGCUUCUGGUCGCUGAGCCGGUCGCUGCAGGGCCGGGCCGGGCUGGGGUGGCUGCGCGGUGACCGAGCGGCCCGGGGCGAGGAGCAAGGAGACGGCGCUGCUGAGCCGGCUGUGGGGAAGCCAAGGGCGGACGCCCCGGCGGUUGGAUCGGCGCACGGCUCGGUGAGGGCUGAAGAGCUCCGGUUUGCUGCUCUCCGGCUGCCCCGGUCCUGGCUGGCGGACAUGAGAUGAUAUAAACUCUCCGGUCUGCUGUCAGAGGGACAAUGACCACCCCCGCUCUGCUGCCCCUGUCUGGGCGUAGAAUCCCCCCCCUGAACCUUGGGGCCUCCUCCUUCCCGCACCACAGGGCUACCUUGAGACUGUCCGAAAAAUUUAUCCUCCUCCUCAUUCUUAGUGCCUUCAUCACCCUCUGUUUUGGGGCAUUCUUCUUCCUCCCGGAUUCUUCCAAACACAAACGCUUUGAUCUGGGUUUAGAGGAUGUGUUAAUUCCUCACGUGGAUACCAGCAAGGGGGGCAAAAACCUUGGAGGCUACUUGAUCCAUGGGCAAGGACACGAUGAGCACAGGCACAGAGAAGAAGAGGAACGCCUGAGAAAUAAGAUCCGAGCAGACCAUGAAAAAGCUCUAGAGGAGGCAAAAGAGAAGCUGAAGAAAUCUCGAGAUGAGAUUCGAGCAGAGAUUCAGACAGAAAAGAACAAAGUAGCCCAAGAGAUGAAAAAGAAAGACAGCAAGCCGCUGCCACCUGUACCAGUACCAAACCUCAUAGGGAUAAACAGUGAAGACCCAGCAGAUAAGGACAUCCGAGAGAAGAGGGACAAAAUUAAAGAGAUGAUGAAACAUGCAUGGGAAAAUUACAGGCAAUAUGGAUGGGGGCAUAAUGAACUCAAACCCAUUGCCAGGAAAGGACAUUCCACCAACAUAUUUGGAAAUUCGCAAAUGGGUGCUACCAUAGUAGAUGCUUUGGAUACUCUCUAUAUCAUGGGACUUCAUGAUGAAUUCAGAGAAGGACAAGACUGGAUUGACAAAAACCUUGAUUUUAGUGUGAAUUCAGAGGUGUCUGUUUUUGAGGUCAAUAUCCGCUUCAUUGGUGGUCUUCUAGCAGCGUAUUACCUUUCAGGACAGGAGGUGUUCAAGCUCAAAGCAGUGCAGCUGGCAGGAAAGCUUCUUCCGGCAUUUAACACACCCACAGGCAUUCCCUGGGCAAUGGUGAAUCUGAAAAGUGGUGUGGGUCGAAACUGGGGCUGGGCUUCUGCAGGCAGCAGCAUCCUGGCUGAAUUUGGUACUCUGCACAUGGAAUUUGUCCACCUUAGCUACCUGACUGGGGACCCUGUCUACUACAACAAGGUCAUGCACAUUCGGAAGUUACUUCAAAAAAUGGAACGUCCUAAUGGGCUUUAUCCAAAUUAUUUGAACCCAAGGACUGGGCGCUGGGGUCAGCAUCACACAUCCGUGGGCGGGCUGGGAGACAGUUUUUAUGAAUACUUAUUGAAAGCCUGGCUGAUGUCAGACAAAAUGGACACGGAGGCAAGGAAAAUGUAUGACGAUGCUAUUGAGGCCAUAGAAAGACAUCUUAUCAGAAAGUCUAACGGAGGUCUGACAUACAUUGGGGAAUGGAAGAAUGGGCACCUUGAGAGAAAGAUGGGCCACCUCACCUGUUUUGCUGGGGGAAUGUUUGCACUUGGAGCAGACGGUUCCAGAGAUGAUAAGGCUGGACAUUAUUUGCAACUUGGAGCUGAGAUUGCACAUACAUGUCAUGAGUCAUACGACAGAACAACAUUAAAGCUGGGUCCUGAAGCGUUCAAAUUUGAUGGUGGCCUAGAGGCCGUGGCAGUGCGGCAGAAUGAAAAAUAUUACAUUCUAAGACCAGAGGUGAUCGAGACCUAUUGGUAUAUGUGGAGAUUUACACAUGAUCCCAAGUACAGGCAGUGGGGCUGGGAAGCAGCACAGGCUAUUGACAAGUACUGCCGAGUCAGUGGUGGAUUUUCGGGGGUCAAGGAUGUCUAUUCCUCAUCUCCUGCAUAUGACGAUGUACAACAGAGCUUUUUUCUUGCUGAAACUCUGAAGUAUUUGUAUCUGCUUUUCUCCAAUGAUGACCUCCUGCCUUUAGACAACUGGGUUUUUAAUACAGAAGCUCAUCCCUUGCCUGUUUUACAUUUAGCCAACACCACACUUUCAGGAAAUCCUGCUUAUCGAUAAAAAUAGCUCCAGGAAGAGGAGGAGAGACUGCACUCAGCUGUGUUUUGUUUACAUGGACCACUUGAGACUUUAGGCUGGAGAGGAGACAGACAUUUAGUUAAUCUGAGUCAAGACGCAGGAUGAGAAACAACCUCUGCCCCCAAAGCUCUUCAACCUGUAGAUAAGUAAACACUGAAAUAAUUCCUUUUUAUACAUGACCAAAACACACUACUGGGGCAUUUGCAGGGCAGAGACCUUGUGUGCUUUGAACCCAAACAACAGAGUGGAGCCUGUUAUUAGAUAUAGAAUCCAGCAGCCAAAGGAACAAUAGACUUCCUUGCCAGGGGCUGGAGUUUGCUGCUGCUGGCCUUUGCAAGAAACUGCACACUUGUCUCCUACUCAGAUGGGGUGUAUUCCAGAGACUAAGACAUUUUUUUUCUUUCUUUCUUUUUUGAUGAUGGCAUGAGCAAAGCAACAACAAAAAAGCAACGUAACUGCACCAGCAGCUCCAGGAUUUGAAAUUUUUUCUGUACCUGUCUGAAUUUUCUAAUCUGCAUCAGUUUGCCGAGACUGGCAGCCAUUCCCAGUGCCUCUCAGACCUUUGCCUCCUGUUCAUUUACCCCCUUCAUAACAAAGUCCAAAGACCUGUGAAGCACAAUCACACCCAGAGAACAGUUACCAAGCAUUUGUUUUUGUAAUGUAUUGGCAGCACUGUGCUGUUAGUUCCCCACACAAGAUAUGGACACAGAGCACGGAAGUCACUGCUAAGUGUCCUGUUUCCCUUGAUCACCAAUCCUCUGUCAUAUGGAAAGGCCACAAUCCCUUAUAUCAAUCCUUUUCUACCACUUCCACAAAGAUAACAACAACAGAAAUUGGCCAUCCUGGUUUAUGUGGCAGACUGCAUCACAUUCACUGGGACACAGUUCCCUUUAGGUGAGACACAGUAGUUUGUAUCGUUGCAUUACAUUUGUCCAUGCAACCUGUGGUUUUCCUUCACUCUCACUUUUAUUAUUUGGACAAUGUUUACAAAUCCUGCUUUGUAAAUCUGAAGCCUUGCCUUGUUUUUUUUGAGGUGUAUGACAAGAGACCAAAACUGCCUCAGAUUUGGUUUAUUAAGUUUUAUCUGGGCCAUAAACUGCCCCAAUGCAAAGCCAACAUGAGAUUCUCUUUGGAAACAUGGUAAAAUCUAUUACACACCAAUGGAAGAUGAGACAUUGGUGUAUACGAGAUUUUAUAUACCGCAUAACUCUAGUGAGUAAGGCUGUGUUACCUGCAUACAUUUGGUCUAGUUAUUACAUAGUCCUGCCCUGAGUGCAGGGGACUGGACUAGAUGACCUCUCAAGGUCCCUUCCAGUGCUACACUUCUAUGAUUUCCUGUGGACAUUGCUGGCUGAAGCAACCCCACUGUUCUGAGUUUAGGCCCAACAGCAUGACUUAAGGGGGUAGAGCACUUCAGUCUUCACUUACAGCAUAGGUGUCCUGACUUUUGUCUACCAUUACUGAGACUCUCUUCUCAUCUGUAGAAUAGAAUUCUGUGCAUUCAGAAAUAACUCCUGUUAACAUCAGUAGGGUUUGUUUAAAGUGAGUUUCACUUGCUGCUUUAAUUUCUAAACAUUUCCUUUCUUACAAUUUUUCUGCUUAAGUGGGCAGCUCUGUACCAUGCAUCCUUUCUCGCUGACAGCUUGCUAGAGAAGUGUCUUAAAUCAAUAUUGUAUGCAUAGGCUGCAAUCAGAUUGUUGGUUACGUAUUUUAAGCCUUUCCUUUCCAGUCAGCUGGCAAUAAAACAACCUUAUAGAAGAUGGCUUAUUCUAUUAAAAGCAUAUACAAGAUUCAUGCUGUUGGCCUUUGGGUCUGCCUACCAUGGCUCAGUGGGUAGAACAGGGUAUUACAUGUAAGUCAUUUAUUUCCACAUACCUCAGCGCCAAAUUUCCAACAUGUUUGAAAUCUUGGAGGCGUCUCCAUUUUGUUUUCUGAAAAUACAACAAAAGGGCAAAGUACCCCAUCGUGGGCUAUAUUUAUGUAAAGAAACUCAAUCUUCAAAAGCAAAUCAUCUCUUACCCCUGCCCCAGCACCUUGAGAGCUAAAAAGGAUUCUGCUCACCUCCUUUUUUAAUCUUCUUCUUCACAGCUCCCAAGAUCCUUUCCCCAGGGUGACUGUCCCUCGAGCUGAGAAAGGGCUAGAUGUAGAUCAUCUUGAGGUGCUUCUGCCCUCUUCACACCAGCAGGAUGAACAUGCUGCCUUCACAGUAGUCCUGUUGUAACUAUGUCAGUUCACUGCAGAGGGAAGUAUUAUUACCAGGCAGCCAGCCACGAAACACCUUUGUCUUUGAUUCCUGUGACAUUUUUAAUUAUUUGAGCCUUUCUGGGCUCUCAGUACUUCAUUCCCCUCAUGUCAGCUUAAAGAGAGGCUUAGGGUAGGUUUUUUUUUUUUUUUAAUGCUUUAACUGAGUUUUAAGCCCCUGAAAAUGAGUUUUCUUUAACGAGAACAUUGCCAGAACAGGAACUACAGGAUGGGAUGGAGACAGGAAAGUGCAGCCCACUGCGCACUAGAAUGAACUCCACGGCCACCUUCACCUUUGGUGCACAUCAGUGUCCUGCAGAACACUGUGUCCCCCAGUAUGCAAUGUCCCAUCUUGGCCUGAGUGGCCUGCCUGCAAUCUGCUCCAUUUUGUACAUCUAAAGUAGCGUUUAGUUUUUCCAUUUUUAGUCCCCAGUUCAACAAAGCACAUAAGCCUGUGGCCUUACUGCACAGACCAAGAACCAUGCAUGGAGAGAGAAAAUGGUAGAACCACUGACUCACGGGAUGAGAAUCCCACCUUAAUGCUAAAUUUCCUUUACUCCUCUUUGAUAUUAAUUUAAAGAUUCAAAAAUCAUUCCCUUGUCAUGGCAAUUCUGAUGGUGUACUCUAGGAACAAAUGUUAUCCAAAUGAUUGUCGCCAGAUUGCAACUUCAGUUUAAGAGGAGGAAGAGAGAGAGAGUUUGAAAAACACUCAAAUGCCAAGAGUUUUUAUCUUAGUACUAAUUACUCAAUUACUGUAAUUUGCAGCACUUGUAAAAAAAAAAUUAAUCUGAAAAAAGUCAUAGUAAUGAAUAUAGUAAAUAAUUCUGAUUCAAGUAAUUGUUUACUUCAAAUUAAAAUAAACUGAUUCUUUUUACUACUGCCACAAAAUGUAAUUUUCUAAUUAGAAAUUAAUGACUAAUUGAAGAGCUAAUGCUUUUCCAUUUUAAUAUUUUGUGGUUUAAACUGCGUUUUUCCAGUCCUAGUUUGAACCUGCACUUCAUUGCCUUAGUUUUGUAAGUCUCUCUGUGUCGAAGCGGGACUGAGGAAAAACCAGGAGUUUUUAGUAACAGGCUCUACCCCAGCCAACCCAUACUUCUCCUGGCCAUUAGAAGCACGGAAUGGCUGCCAGUCUCUUCAGAGAAAGGUCAAGGACAGAAUUCUAGAGUCCCAAAAAUAGAAACACCAAAUCUCUCACUGAUGUUUACUCUUUUCCCAUCCCACUGGUUUGAAAUACAGAACCACCCCUCAAAUUAAUUGCCUGUGUAAGUCUCACUGGGGAUAAUUCACUGCCACAAGAAGUAUUUGAAUUUAGGUCCUGAGCCACUUCAUGGCAAGAGGUACAUCCCAGUCAGAUGUACAGUAGUGCCAUUUCUCCUGUGUGUAAACAUGCAACAGGUUCUAAGUAAAGAACAUUUGCUUCCUGUCAUCUAGUAAUCCCAGCGUCUGCUGGUUGCUACCAUAUCCCAGUUUAGAAUGCAAUCGCCCAUCUCCCUCAAUGUGUGGCCUCCUUCUAGAGUCAUACAUUUUGUGAACUAAUUGCUGUACCCUUCGUGCACGGCAGCAUUCUGGGCUGUCCCCAGAGCAGAAUGAGUUUGGCUGUCGUGAGUUCUGAGCAGGAUGUCCAUAAUAGCCAGACAUGGAUGCUCAAGCAUCCGUCUUGUUUUCCUGACUUCAGGUGGUAGGCUUUUUCUCAGCCCUUUUCAGAGCUGGGAUACUGACCUAUAGCAUGGAGUUAGCUGCAACCAUGAGCUCAGGCUCUGUUUUCUCUUGAGUACGUGUGGCAUACUAGGACAUUGUCACUUUCAUUCUGUUGCUGCUGUUUUACAGACUUUUCUGAAGUUAUAGAUACUUAUUUUUUUAACAGAGUGAUAUUUUAGUGUUAGCUGACUCCAAGGCUUGUGCUAUAUCUUCUAACCGAACAAACACAUAGUUCUGGCUUUCAUUCAAGUGGCUGCUGUCUUGGUUUGCAAUUUCUACAGCACUCUGUGUUCUUACAGCAAGAAACAAGAGCGGAAAACAAAGUGUGCACUUGUGGCAAACUGGCUUUGCAAAACAGCCUGGAGAUCCCCGAACUGUCUGUUUUCUGUGUGCCUGCACUCAAGGCACGAAUGUGCAAUCCACAUCCCAGUCAGGCCUCUGUAGGCUGGGAUCCACCAAGAGCAAAGGCAUUAUUUUUAACAUUUUGGGCCUGAUUUUCAGAAGGGCUGAACAUCUGCAAUUCCCAGUGACGUAGCUGGAGUGGUGGGUGCCCAGCACAGCUGACAGUUCCCUUCUUGGCUUUGCUCCAUUUACUCAAUAAAGCUAAAAUGACAUUCCAGCUGCUCACUUACUGCACAAAAUGCUCCUUAAAACUCUCACGGAAGACUUUUGUUUAUACAAUUGUAGCUAUUCUGGAGAUCCAGAGAACAAACCUGAAGUCAGUGGAAAGUCAGAGAGAGUUCUGUGGUUCCCAAGUCAGCUCAGGGUGUUUAGGUUCCCCUGCUCUAAACC